CAUAAAAGGUGUUUUCUGAAGAGAUGCUACGGUCAGUAGCUGUCUGAUUCUUCUUGACGAGAGACUGAACCUGUGUUCACCACUUGAAAGGUCCGAUAAAUCUACGAACAGUCAUGAAGACCGUAGCACUGAUCGCUAUCGUCUGCAUGCUCACCCCGGCCGCAUUGGGCGACCUUAAAUUGAAAAAGUGCAAAUCAGGAGCUCUUCCCACUAAGCUGGUUAUCGAAGGAUGCAAGAAUACUCCCUGCACUGUUGUCAAUGGACGAAAUUUGCGAUUUCAGGCUGAAUUCAUCAAUCCAACCCCGACCCGAACUCUCACCGCCUCGGUCAUUCCACGAGUCGGGUGGUUCAACACUGUCGUCAAGUACAAAAUGGCGGAAGAGCAUCGCGAUGGCUGUAAAAAACUGACCAACACCCGGUGUCCGCUUGGUGCGCAACAACUCGUCAAGGCUGCCGGCGAGGUUCCUGUGAGUUCUCCAAUCACCGGUGUGAAGGCAAACAUCGAGUUCCAGCUGCGCUCCGACACAGGGAUUGCCGUGUGCUUCAAGAUUGAUGCUAAGGUGGUGAAAAGGUGAAAACGUGAAGCGAAGUGUAACAGUUGAAAAUAUAAUCAUGUUACGUGUGAAGUGAACGAAA